UCAUUGGCCUGAGCGGAGAAGCCGGAAGAGGAGCUCGGCGGCCCACUAGUGUGACACCCAGCCCGCCUUGGAGGCCGCCAUGUGGGGGGCGGGCGGGCCUGGGGUUGCCGCCGCCACUGUCUCCUUGAGCGGCGCCCGGGACUGCUUCCUGCACCUGCCGCCUGGCGUGGCUUCCAGCCUCCGUCUGCAGCAGGAUCAAGCUGUGAAAACUUCCUGGGACAAUCAGACUGUGUUCCUGGGCUGGACAGAAAUCAGGCAUUGUCGUCAGUGUAGUGGCAACAUUGUUGAACUAAACAGACAGCUAGCAGAGAAACUUGGCAUCAAAGAUGGACAACAGGUAUUCCUCCAGCCUUGUUCCCAAGUUUUGUCCUGUCAGCAAGUAGAAGUGGAACCACUCUCUGCAGAUUAUUGGGAAAUAUUGGAGCUGUAUGCUUCCUCACUUGAAAGCCAUCUUCUUGACCAAAUUCGAAUAGUGUUUCCUAAGGCUAUCUUCCCAGUGUGGGUUGAACAGCACACUUGUAUAUAUAUCCAGAUUGUUGCACUAAAACCAGCUGCUCUUUAUGGGAGACUUGAACCUCGGACAGAGCUUUUUGUUCGGCCUAAACCGCGUGAGCAGGGAGAACGCUCCACCAUGGGUCCUUCUGACAAAAAUGACAUUUUACAGGACAGUGUUCCUAAAGCCACAUUAGAUCCAAGAGAAGCUACCAAAGAACUGGGUGCCAAAGAAACUAAUUUAGAUAUGGACGCUCAUGAGCAUAAGCCAGAGACAAAAGCAUCACUAGGGGCAAACGUCCUGCCAAAUAUAUGGAAUUUUAUUGGGAGUAUUUUCUCUUCUUCCUCAGACAAGAAACAGGACACUUCCUGUAGUACUGGUGAACUGAAUUCUGUCAAAGACAGCCUGUUGAACUUGAUUCAUAUGGAUUCUGUAUUCAGAGUAUGCCACGUUCAGCCCCCCAGUGUACAAAGUGCAUUGACAGCAUCUACAUUUCAGAAAUGUAACACGAUUCAUGUUUUUCCAUGGCACCUAGAAUUCCCCUCUUUAGAUAACAAUAUUAAAGUGUCUUAUGGGAAGAUGAGUAAAUUGCUUUCUCCAACACAACAGCAUCACGAAUCAAAGCAGAAUCUAAUGUCAAAGAAAGAAAAGCAGAUGAUCAAUGCAAAAGAUCAAAAGCAGCCCAGCAUCAGUAAAAGUGAAGAAUCCAAUGAAAUUGUUGUUGUACAAAUAAUAUGGAGUGGAUUUGAGGACCUAAAGAGUGCCAUAAUGUGCAAUAACAAUGUGGAGCAAUUGCAUAUUGGAAGAGUUUGGAUACCUGAACUGUUGAGAAACAAACUACAAAUAGAAAUACAUGCAGCUGUCAGAAUAUCCUCAGUGAAUUCAGAUCCUAAAACUCCAACAUAUCUUAGACUGCACCCCGAAAGAAGUUUAAAUGAAGACAUUGUUGAAGAUGAUAUUAAAAAGGCCUUUACUUUGUGGCUACAGGAUUACAUCAACAUUCCUUUGAUUAUAGGAAACACAAGCUAUAUACAGUUAGAUCUUAAAGAAGGUAAGGAAGAUUUCGUCCUCGGUGUAGUCACUUCCGAAGAGGAAAAGGCAAAGGACACUUUCAUCUUGAGUCCUAGUUUGCUGCAGAAGGCCAAUAUACAAGUUUUAGUAAAGCCAAUGACUACAGUAAGCAGUGGUGGUAGUGAACAGUCUUUUGACAAGUUUCUUCCACACCUCAGCCUGAAUUCUUUGGGAGGAGUAGAUGACCUAGGAGCCUCCUCUUUCAAGCACCUAUCUCACAGCCUUUUGGGCCGACCACUGUCUCGAAGGCUUGCCCCCAUAUCUGCAGGACUACGCAGCGGAGGUAUCUUAAUCACUGGAGCAAAGGGAAGUGGCAAGUCAACUCUAGCAAAGGCUAUCUGCAAAGAAGCAUACAAUAAACUCGAUGCCCAUGUGGAAGUAGUUGAUUGCAAACCUUUAAGAGGGAAAAGGUUAGAAAACAUAUGCAAAAAACUGGAAGAAGUUUUUCGAGAGGCAAGGUGGAGACAACCAUCUGUUGUACUAUUGGAUGACCUUGAUCACAUAGCUGGAGUUCCUCUUGCUCCAGAACACGAGAACAGUCCUGAGGCUGUUCAGAGUAAUCGCCUUGCCCAUGUCUUGAAAGAUAUGAUAAAAGAAACUAUUUCCACAUACAGUUCGAUUGCACUUAUCACCACAAGCCUGUCUGAACAAUCACUAAAUUCUUUCAUUAUUUCUGCACAAGGAUUUCACAUAUUUCAAUGUUUCCAGCAUAUCCCCUCUCCAAAUCAGGGACAAAGAUACGAAAUACUUCGGUCCAUAGUAAAAAAUAAGCUUGACUCAAAUUUAGACCGGUUCUGUGAUCUUAAUCUCCAUCAAAUUGCAAAGGAAACAGAAGGAUUUGUAGCUAGGGAUUUGACAAUGUUAGUUGAUCGUGCCAUACACUCAAGUGUUUCUACCCAGGAAAGGUGUGAAAAAGAAGAUUUGGUUCUAUCAACAAUAGACUUCCAAAAAGCUUUACAGGGGUUCACACCAACAUCUUUGAGAAAUGUUAACCUCCAUAAACCUCAGGAUUUUGGCUGGGAUCGGAUUGGUGGGCUGAAGGAGAUACAACAAGUACUUACAGAUACUAUCCAGCUGCCUGCAAAGUAUCCAGAAUUAUUUGCAAACCUGCCCAUACGACAGAGAACUGGAAUCUUACUAUAUGGAGCUCCAGGAACAGGAAAAACACUACUUGCGGGUGUAGUUGCUCGAGAGAGUGGAAUGAAUUUUAUCAGCAUCAAGGGACCAGAGCUACUCAGCAAAUAUAUUGGAGCCAGUGAACAAGCAGUUCGAGAUAUAUUUAACAGAGCUCAGGCAGCCAAGCCUUGCAUACUUUUCUUUGAUGAAUUUGAUUCUCUUGCUCCACGGCGAGGUCAUGAUAACACUGGUGUAACUGACCGAGUUGUUAAUCAGCUGUUGACUCAGUUGGAUGGGAUAGAAAGCUUAGAAGGAGUUUAUGUCCUGGCAGCCACUAGUCGUCCUGAUUUGAUUGACCCUGCCCUGCUGAGGCCUGGUCGAUUAGAUAAAUGCUUGUAUUGUCCACCUCCUGAUCAGGCCUCCCGAUUUGAUAUCUUAAAGGCACUGAGUCACUCUCUCCGUCUGGCCCAUGAUGUGGAUUUUGAGCACUUGGCAGCAAAAACUGAGAAUUUCACAGGAGCAGACCUUAAAGCUUUACUGUACAAUGCCCAGCUAGAGGCAGUGCAUGCUAAUUUGGGUUCAUCUUUGCCACAGGACACAGGUUCUAGCUCUGAUAGUGACCUCAGUUUAUCUUCAAUGGUUUUCUUAAACCAAAGCAGUGGGUCAGAUGAUUCUGCAGGAGACGCAGAAGGAGGCUUGGAGCAAUCUUUAAUUUCCCUUGAGAUGUGUGAGCUGCUUCCUGAAGAUCCAAGGUCCAACAUCUACCGACUUUACUUUGGCAGCUCCUAUGAAUCAGAGCUUGGCAAUGGAACUGCUUCAGAACUGAGUUCUCAGUGUUUCUCAGGACCAAAUUCCCUCAGUCAUGAUUUAACCAGCAUCUCCUUGAAGGAUUUAGUAUCUUCUCAACCCCCACUGUUAAGAACAACUUUACAGGAAGGUUAUCAAGAACUGAGUCAAGAACAGAUAGAGCAACUCAGGGCUGAAAUAAACACUAUCAAGGCCAACUACAGGAGCAAAAAUGGAGAAGAAGUCACUCCUAGCUUGUCACUACUAAAUAAGAGACCUGUAAACGUUACUCAGAAUCACCUAAUGGCUGCACUUGCAAACACAAAACCAUCGGUUAGUCAAGAUGACUGGAAAAAAUUCACUGAACUCUACGAAACGUUUCGAAAUCCAAAGAGGAAAGGGGCCAGUGGAGCAACUUUCAAACCAGGACAAAAAGUGACGUUAGCUUAACUACUGUUUAUAUUGUGGUAAUUUUGAUAACUGAGAAAUUUUCAUAGAAAAGAAUUUACCUUGCUAAAUCAGAUGGACAUUUAUACCUCUGGGUAUGUUAAUGCUAAAAUAACAAACAAUAGAUUUCUGUGAUGUUAAUUUUUGUAAAAUUGUUUUAUAUCAUUUUAGUUUUCAGAUAAUGUUUUCCUGAACAACUACAUUAAAAUAUUUGAGACACUAUUAGCCA